CACACAAAGCGUCACUCUCUCAGUUUCACCCAAACAGUUCACUUCGGGAGUUGAUCCUGUUUAUUUGUAGUCUUUUUCUUUAGCCAUCAACCUAAGCAGAUUCAUUAAAAGGCUGUCACACUGCUCUCAAGCUGAUUUCCUAGAUUCCUGGAUUUUAUUUUUGGUGUCUUAUCUGCUGGAUUUAUUUUUCUCAUCUUUGGAAAAGAAAAUGUCUCACUCAGACAGCCUGGACUUGGACAGAUAUACCAAUUUGGACAAGUCUCGCCGGUCAACCAGUCGAAACCAGACCAGGCAGAGGACCAAGGAUGGGGAGGUCCUCUGUGACUUCUGCACUACGAGGAAGCAAAAAGCCGAGAAGUCCUGUCUGGUUUGCCUGGCAUCGUAUUGUGGGGAACAUGUGCAGUCGCACUAUGACUACCCCACCCUGAUGAAGCACAAACUGGUCAAAGCCACGGGUCAGAUGAGAGAGAAGGUAUGUGCCCAGCACGACAAGCUGCUGGAGGCCUUUUGUCGCACUGAUCAGACAUCAGUCUGUGUCUUGUGCAUGAUGGAUGAACACAAACACCAUGACAUCGUCCCGGCUGGAACUGAGAGGACUGAGAAACAAAAACAACUUGGUACCACUCUGCACAAGUCUCAACAGAGGAUUGAUCAAAGGAUUAAAAAAUGGCAGGAUCUAAGACAAGCAGUUGAAUCAGUGAAACACUCUGCUCAAACAGUUCUUGAGGAAAAUGAACGGAUCUUCACUGAGCUUCUGAAUUCUAUAGAGAGGAAGUACAAUGAAGUCAAAGAGAUGGUCCUCUCCCAUGAAAGAACCACUGUGACCCAGGGGGAGCUACUCCUGGACCGCUUGGAGGAGGAGAUAACUCUGCUAAAGAAGAGACACAACAACCUGGAGAAGCUCUCCCGCACCGAUGAUCACAUUCAUUUUCUGCAGAGCUGGCAGUCUCUAUCGGGCCCCUCCGGGUAUGAAGACCUAAACAACAUCAAUGUUGUUCCCAAUUAUUCAUUUGAUCCUGCCAAGAGAGCCAUUGCGGCAUUGAAAUUGCAAGUGGAAGAAGUCAGCAAGACAGAAAUGAUGAAAAUCUCUGGAGCAGUAAAGGAAGUGUACAUCACCCAAGACGCAAAGGAAGAUGAAUUAAAGCCAAGAAGAGAAUCAAUUGUGAGCAUUGAUGGAAGGAUUGUAGAAGAGCCAAGGACAAGAGAAGAUUUCUUGAAAUAUUCUCACCAGUUGACUCUGGAUGUCAACACAGUCCACCGAAACCUUCACCUCUCAGAAGGAAACAGAACAGCAACAAUGAAGAGUGACCCUAAACACUACCCUGAUCACCCAGAUCGAUUUGACCACUGGCAACAGGUGCUGUGCAGAGAAAGUGUGUAUGGAUCUCGUUUUUACUGGGAAGUGGACUGGCGAGGAACAGAGAUAGACAUGGCUGUUACCUACAAGGGAAUCCGGAGAAAAGGAAACAGCAAUGACUGCAGCCUUGGCUGGAAUGAAAAGUCGUGGAGUUUGUACUGCUCUGAGUCCAAGUUCACCUUUGUGCACAACAACAGAAGCAAAGAUCUGUCUGCCCCUGUGUCAUCCCGCAUUGGCGUCUACUUGGACCACGGGAAGGGAAUACUUGCAUAUUACAGUGUUUCUGAUGGCAUGCGCCUUCUGCACAAAAUUCAGACUUCAUUUGUGGAGCCUCUGUACCCUGCUUUUAGCGUGUGGGGCUUUGGCUCCUCUAUAAGGCUGUAGGAGAAGCGCAACGGGAUCAGAUCUUUUGAAUCACAGACUAUUAAUAUUCUCAAUAUUUAUGGGAAAGAUGAGAUAAAUUGCAUUUGGGUUCUAUUUUACCGUGUUUGUUUACUUACAUAUGAGUUGCAGAUAGAAAAAGAUUUCAUUUUAUGUGUAUAUAUUUUUCAUAAUUAGGAGUUAAAAUGUAAAAACAUUCUUUCAUUUCUUUUACCAAAUCUUCUGAUUUACAUUGUUUGUUUAAAGUGGUUCAAUUAUGGCAGAAAUGAGCAUAAACAAAACUGAUGGAAAUGUUUUAUUUCUGUUGCAUUAAAUAGCUGAAGGUUUGAGGAGAGAUUUCACACAUUAUAGCUAAUUGUUAAGUUGCAACCAUGCAGCACCGUAAUAUGUUUCAUACAUUUCUUUCUGUGAGUUGCUUGAGUUUUCUUUGAUAUAUCUCAGAGGAUUUUUUCUUUUUUUAACAGCAUUUAUUGUACGUAAAAAUCUUUCAAGUCGUUUCUUAAGAAAAUCAUGAUAUUUAUAUAUAUAUAUAUAAAGUGGAAACAAAUGUACUUCUCUUGCCAAGACUAAAAAGUCAAAAUCAAGCAAAUACAUAAAACAUCACAUUCUGGUUAUUGUUGCACUUUUUUGGGAUUGUUUAGGGUUAUAAAAAACUAUUAACUAAGAAAUUGACACUAAUCAUCCUAACAUGGUAAUAAAGGGAACAUUAUAUCUAGAGCUAUUGUGUAUUUGCAUUGUAUUAUGUUAUUAAUUUGAAAUAAAAUAUUUAAA